UGGCCACCCGGACGGCGCGAUGGCGGCGGCUGCCGCCGAGACUCCCGAGGUCCUUCGGGAAUGCGGUUGCAAGGGCAUCCGGACCUGUCUGAUCUGCGAGCGGCAGCGCGGCGGUGACCCGCCCUGGGAGCUGCCCCCAGCGAAAACAUACCGUUUCAUGUACUGCUCCGACACCGGCUGGGCCGUGGGCGCAGAGGAGUCUGACUUUGAGGGCUGGGCCUUCCCCUUCCCAGGAGUGAUGCUGAUCGAGGACUUUGUGACCCGGGAGGAAGAAGCCGAGUUGGUGCGGCUCAUGGACCGUGACCCCUGGAAGCUCUCCCAGUCUGGACGGAGGAAGCAGGACUAUGGCCCCAAAGUCAACUUUCGGAAACAGAAGCUAAAGACCGAGGGCUUCUGCGGCCUACCCAGCUUCAGCCGGGAGGUAGUGCGGAGGAUGGGCCUCUACCCGGGGCUGGAGGGCUUCCGGCCCGUCGAGCAGUGCAACCUGGACUACUGCCCCGAGCGCGGCUCUGCCAUCGACCCCCACCUGGACGACGCCUGGCUGUGGGGGGAGCGGCUGGUCAGCCUCAACCUCCUGUCCCCCACCGUGCUGUCCAUGUGUCGGGAGGCGCCCGGGAGCCUGCUCCUCUGCUCGGCCCCGUCGGCUGCCCCGGAGGCCUUGGUGGACAGCGUGAUAGCACCCAGCAGGUCGGUGCUAUGCCAGGAGGUGGAGGUGGCCAUCCCCUUACCCACCCGCUCCCUGCUGGUCCUCACGGGGGCUGCACGGCACCAGUGGAAGCACGCCAUCCACCGCAGACACAUCGAGGCCCGCCGUGUCGGUGUCACUUUCCGGGAGCUGUCAGCCGAGUUUGGCCCCGGAGGGAGGCAGCAAGAGCUGGGCCAGGAACUGCUGCGGAUCGCCCUCUCCUUCCAGGGAAGACCCGUGUGAGCCGCCUCCCUGGCUCCAGACUUGACUGAUCCCGGGAUUGAAAUGAGGAGCACAGAACAGGGCCUCCUGCAACUCACGGAGUUUCAAGAGAAGAUGGCUGACCCCUGAUGCUGUGAGCAGUGUGGGCCCUGCCCAGGAGCAGGUUUUGAUGGGAACGCACCUCGGGGCAGCCCCCUUCCACCUGGACUGUGGCCACGCUUGUUUUGGUUAUUUAGUUUGUCACAGUCUUGGGGACGUGGGAUCAUUUGAGCUUAAAAAUAUUGGGGGCAGGUCA